AGUCAGUACACAGGAGGCUGGCUUACAAAAAAGGGGCUGAAACACACAUUCAGGCGCAACUACUGUCAAACACACUUACACUGCCAACAGAAACUACAUAGACAGGAGAGUGUGACACUGCUGAGCUUAGGGAGCAGGGAUUUACUACAGGAAGUGAAGUGAAGAAGAGAAGAACCUGGAUGGACACCCUCUGCAGUCUCAGUGGCCUGGACCCUCUCUGGGACUGGAAUGUCACAUGGUACACACCACACCCAGACCUGACCCAGUGCUUCCAGCACACAGUACUGGUGUGGUUCCCCUGCUUCUAUCUCUGGGUUUGUGCCCCUUUCUACUGCUUGUACCUCAGAUUCUAUGACAAUGGACACAUAUCAAUAUCCAGCCUCUGCUGUGCCAAGACGGGUUUGUGUCUCUGUCUGGCCUUUUUUGGUUUCUUGGAGAUGGUCUAUCUGCUGGUGGAAAGAAGCAGAGACAUAGAGAGUCACAUGGUCUUUCUCUUGAGUCCUGUAAUUCGCAGCCUUACCAUGAUACUGGCAGUGUUGGUGAUCCACUUGGAAAGGCUGAAGGGCUUUCGUUCCUCCAUCUUUCUCUUCCUGUUUUGGACGCUGGCAGUGAUCUGCUCGCUGGUGCCUCUGAGAGCCAACAUACAAGCCAUCAUAGACAAGGGUUUCUCUGCAGAUGCGAUGAGAUUCGUGGCAUUCUUCACAUUCUUCUCUCUCCAGUUGGCUCAGCUCAUCCUCAGCUGUUUCGCUGAUCAGCGCCCAGCGACUCUUAAACCUGUAUUUGUAAAGAAUCCGUGUCCAGUUGAGGAUGCUUCUUUCCUUUCAAAAGUACUGUUUUGGUGGUACGGCAGAUUAGUGGUAAAGGGCUACCGCUCACCUUUAAAAGCUGAGGACCUCUGGUCUCUACGAGAAGAGGACACAUCUGAAAAAAUUAUUUGUGAUCUGGAGAAAGAGUGGGCCAAGCAAUGGGCCAAAAUGCAACAGCAAGAGAGUGCUAUGAAUGGAGCACAAGCUCUUGGUUAUAAACUGAGCGAGCAGACACAACUGCUCAGAAAACUCCAUAAAGAACAAAGCUCAGGCUUCUGUCUGCUCCGGACACUAGCCAAAAACUUUGGCCCUUACUUUCUGACUGGAACUCUCUGUCUGGUCAUUCAAGAUGUUUUCAUGUUCUCCAUACCACAAGUGUUAAGUCUACUUCUUGGCUUUGUGAGAGAUGAAGACGCCCCCUUGUGGAAGGGUUACGUCUUUGCCUUCUUGAUGGUCCUGUUGUCUUGUCUGCAGUCCCUGUUCAACCAUCAGUACAUGUACACGUGCUUCACAGUAGGCAUGAGGGUUAAAACUGCAGUUAUGGGCCUAGUGUACAGGAAGUCUCUGGUCAUCAACAGCGCGGCCCGCAGAACAUGUACAGUUGGAGAGAUAGUGAACUUGGUUUCGGCUGACACCCAGAAACUCAUGGAUUUCGUGGUGUACUUCAAUGCAGUGUGGGUGGCCCCGAUUGAAAUCGCCUUGUGUCUUUUCUUCCUCUGGCAGCGCCUCGGCCCAUCUGCAUUGGCUGGCAUCGCCACUGUAAUUCUCAUCUUCCCUUUGAAUGGGUUCAUUGCCAAAAUGAGAAGCAAGCUCCAGGAGGUCCAGAUGAAGUACAUGGACGGACGCAUUAAGCUUAUGAAUGAGAUCUUGAGCGGAAUAAAGAUCCUUAAGAUUUACGCCUGGGAGAAUGCCUUCAGAGAACGUGUUCUUGGCUAUAGGGAAAAAGAGCUGAAUGCUCUGAAGAAGUCUCAGAUCCUUUACUCCAUAUCCAUCGCCUCCUUCAACUCCUCCACUUUCUUGAUUGCAUUUGCCAUGUUUGGAGUGUACGUGCUGAUUGAUGAGAAGCAUGUUCUGGAUGCUGAGAAGGUCUUUGUGUCCAUGGCUCUCAUCAACAUUCUCAAAGCUCCACUCAGUCAACUGCCCUUUGCAAUGAGCACUACCAUGCAGGCUUUGGUUUCUCUCAAACGUCUCGGGAAGUUUCUCUGUCAAGACGAGCUGAAACUGGAUAGCGUAGAGAGAACUCCCUACCAUCCUGAUGUUGAAGGUGUUGUUAUUGACAAUGGUACUUUCAGCUGGUCUAAAGAUAGCACACCAUGUCUCAGGAGGAUCGAUGUCAAAGUGCAGCGGGGUUCACUGGUGGCUGUGGUAGGUCACGUGGGCAGUGGAAAAUCCUCUCUUCUGUCUGCGAUGUUAGGUGAAAUGGAAAAGAAAAGUGGCCAUGUCACAGUAUCGGGCUCUGUGGCUUAUGUGCCUCAGCAAGCAUGGAUCCAGAACGCCACUCUCAAAGACAACAUUUUGUUUGGACGUGAGAGGAAAGACAGGUGGUACCAGAAGGUGUUGGAGGCCUGUGCUCUCCUACCAGACCUGGAGAUCCUACCUGCAAGAGAUGCCACAGAGAUUGGAGAGAAGGGGCUGAAUUUGUCAGGAGGUCAGAAACAGAGAGUGAGUCUGGCACGUGCAGUCUACAGGAAGGCUGAUAUCUACCUGCUGGAUGAUCCCUUGUCAGCUGUGGAUGCACAUGUGGGUCAGCACAUCUUUGAAAAAGUCAUUGGACCUAAUGGAGUUCUUAAAAAUAAGACUCGUAUUUUGGUAACCCACGGGCUGAGCUUCCUGCCCCAGGCUGACCUGAUCCUGGUGAUGGAGGAUGGAGAAAUAACGGAGAUGGGCUCUUAUGCUGAGCUUUUGAGUAGGAAGAACACUUUUGCAGACUUUGUUAAAGCUUUUUCUGUUAGCGAACGCAAGGAAAGUGCCACCCAUAGAGGGACCAGAAAAUCAGUAUCUCGGCUCAGCAUGACAGACUUCUCUAUUGACCUCUCCCAAGAGCAACUCAUCAGUGGAGACAUGGGAAGUGCCAGUAUACAAACCAUGGAGGCCAUUUCUGACACAGAACAGGAGCAGGACCAGGAGGAAGUUGGAAGACUCACCCAAGCUGACAAAGCUCAUACAGGCCGAGUGAAACUGGAGAUGUAUGUGGAUUACUUCAGGACCAUCGGCUUGGCUUUCAUCAUCCCCAUCAUCUUCCUCUAUGCGUUCCAGCAAGCUGCCUCACUGGCCUACAACUACUGGCUAAGCCUGUGGGCAGAUGACCCGAUUGUAAAUGGAACACAGGUCAACACGGAUCUGAAGCUUGGUGUUUUUGGCGCUCUCGGCUUUGCACAAGGAAUUGCAGUUUUUGGCACUACUGUGGCUAUUUCACUUGGAGGAAUAAUUGCAUCGCGGCAUCUUCAUUUGGACCUUGUGAACAAUGUACUUCACUCUCCUAUGUCGUUCUUUGAGAGUACGCCCAGUGGUAACCUUCUCAAUCGGUUCUCUAAAGAGAUAGACGCCAUUGAUUGCAUGAUCCCUGAUGGGCUGAAGAUGAUGCUGGGCUAUGUGUUCAAACUUCUGGAGGUUUUCAUUAUCGUGCUGAUGGCGACUCCUUUUGCAGGAGUGAUCGUACUGCCACUGACUUUGCUCUAUGCAUUUAUCCAGAGCUUCUACGUGGCCACAUCCUGCCAGUUGCGUAGACUAGAGUCGGUGAGUCGAUCGCCCAUCUAUACUCAUUUUAAUGAGACAGUCCAAGGAGUCAGUGUGAUUCGGGCCUUUGGAGAACAGUCUAGGUUUAUCCUACUGGCUAACAGCCGAGUGGACCACAAUCAAACAUCCUAUUUCCCAAGAUUUGUGGCAACCAGGUGGCUGGCAGUAAAUCUAGAGUUCCUGGGUAACCUGCUGGUCCUUGCUGCAGCUAUUCUCUCUGUUAUGGGAAGGUCAACUUUAAGCCCUGGAAUCGUGGGGCUAGCUGUGUCACACUCUCUCCAGGUAACUGGGAUCCUGAGCUGGAUUGUGCGGGCAUGGACAGAUGUAGAAAACAACAUUGUGUCUGUUGAGCGAGUGAAGGAAUAUGCCGAAACAACAAAAGAGGCACCAUGGACAAUCGAGAACAGUCCACUCCCAUUAGACUGGCCCAGAUCCGGAUCCAUUGGAUUCCAAGAAUAUGGACUUCAGUACCGUAGGGGUCUUGACUGGGCCUUAAAAGAAAUUUCCCUCAGUGUUAAUGAGAGAGAGAAAGUUGGAAUUGUGGGAAGAACAGGGGCUGGAAAAUCAUCUCUUGCUCUCGGAAUUUUCCGGAUCCUCGAGGCGGCAAAAGGAAAGAUCUUCAUAGAUGGGAUAAACAUUGCAGAGGUUGGACUGCAUGAACUGAGAUCUCGUAUCACCAUUAUCCCACAGGAUCCAGUGCUGUUCUCUGGUUCCUUGCGUAUGAAUCUGGACCCCUUUGAUGGCUACACUGAUGAGGAGGUCUGGAGAGCUCUGGAACUCGCACAUCUCAAGAACUUUGUGUCUGGCCUGCCUGACAAACUCAACCAUGAGUGUUCAGAGGGAGGAGAGAAUCUCAGUUUGGGUCAGCGGCAGCUGGUUUGCCUGGCUCGAGCUCUCCUCAGGAAGACCAAGAUUCUGGUUUUGGAUGAAGCCACUGCAGCUGUAGACCUAGAGACGGACAAUCUGAUACAGUCCACUAUCCGAACUCAGUUUGAGGACUGCACCGUUCUGACCAUCGCACACCGUCUCAACACCAUCAUGGACUACACAAGGGUGAUUGUGAUGGACAGAGGGCACAUCACAGAGAUGGACUCACCAUCCAAUCUGAUCUCUCAGCGUGGUCAGUUCUAUCGAAUGUGCCGGGAGGCUGGGCUAGUGUGAACCUUCACUACCAGAACAACCAACGACAAAAUCAUCUCUUUAUUCAGGAGAGACUAUAAAAAUGGUGAAGAAAAUCUCACUAAUACACUUGCUGAGACUACCUGAAUCUUUUCAUCACAGAACUUACUAAAGGACACAUCUUGCCUUCUCAAUCAAGAGAAGUACAAAGCUCAGGAUGAUGAGGUUUUGCUCGUAAUAGCUGUUCUACUUCAGCAGGUGUCCACGUUUUUUCCAGUAUUACAGAAGCGCUGUGCUUCAGCAUUCUCCAGCUGAUUCUUUAACUGACGUCUGAGGUGCUAAAGGAACAGACUGAUUCCCUCAUGUCGUCAACAAUCUCAUCUCAGAAUACGAAGACUUGCGUAAAGUUUUCUUACCAUAGAGGUGUUCAGUAGGUCAAUAUAAUGCACACUUCAGAUGGUCAGUGUGCACCACCAUGUUCACCACCUCUCAUUGCUGUCAAAGUGAAGUUUUGUGGAAAUUUGUAGUUUAUUGUUAUAGAUCCAGGCAAGACACAGCUGUAGAACUAGUUGCAAUUCUACUUGAACCUUUUCAGGUUGUUACAAGAAUUUAUUAAUUAUGUCAGCACAUUAAACCCUAAAUUCCCAUAAAGGUGAAAGAUGCAUCUAUUUUAAGCUAUUUAUGAUGUGAGAAACAUCCAUUCAUGUUCAAAACAAUGCAACACCCACCCAUCCUUAUACAGAAUUUGUCUGUGUAUUAAUACUUGUAUUUUUUCCAUAAUCUAAAAGUUUAAUCAGUAUUUAUGUAUUUUGUACUGUAUAAUAACUGUAUUUUUAUAUAUUUAUAACGUUUCCAGGCACACUUCAUGUGAGACUGUCAAACUUGAACAUGCUCUUAUUUUCUGAGCAGCUUCAGUAAAAUAAAUGUUGGUAGUAUUGA